AUGGAGCACACCACCACCACUUCGGGCGCCAACGCGGCUGUCCCACAACCAAUCAAUUCGCGCAUCACCGACGUGCCUGACGAGGACACCUUCAUCAACAUCUCUCUAGCCAGCCCGCCUCUCGCUCACCACCAUCCCGAGUCGGAUGCAAACGACACGUACCCUCUGCAAUCCCUUCUUCCCGCCUCGUCCGCAUCCACUCUCACCCGUGUCGAUAGCAGGCGCAGCACCACCUCUUCCGUCCAGCUUCCAGCCCAAGCCGUGGAGGCUCUCCACGCGCGAGGGCCAGGCACCUACCGUGUUGUUGUAAAGCAGGACGGCGAGCAAUCCACCGAAACCGUGGCUUCCAGGGACAAUGGCAUCGUCGAACUCGACACCCGCCGGGUCUACGACAAGGCUCGGGCAGACGCUUACAUCGCUGCAUACCCCCUGCCAAAGUCGAAGAACCCCGAACUCUACAACAAGAUCCGUUACGGGUUCUUCUCAGCGUACCGUCGACUUUUUGCCGUCGUCUUCCUCAUCAACAUCAUCACCAUGUGCGCUUUCGGCGGCAUCAACAUCGUCCAUCCUGGCUUCUUCAGCUACGAGAUGGCUGCCACUGCCGUGGGCGUCAACAUCGUGGUCACCUCCGUCGCCCGCCAUGWGCACUUCAUCAACAUGCUCUUCAGGAUCGUCAUCAGCAUCCCGCUGACCUGGCCUCUCGCCAUCAGGCGCCAUGCCGCCAAGAUCUAUAGCUACGGCGGAAUCCACUCGGCAUGCGGUGUAAGCGCCUUCCUGUGGUACAUCUGCUUCACGGUUCUCAUCCUCUGCAACUACGAGGGACCGGAAGGCAUUCAAAACGCUUUCAGGAUCACCGUUGCGAUCAUGCUCUUCAUCUUUUGCGUGCUUAUCGGCUUGGCCUAUCCCACGAUCCGAUCCAAGUACCACAACCAGUGGGAAUGGACGCAUCGCUAUGCCGGAUACGUGGCUGUUUGCAUCAUCAUCACGCAGACCGGAAUCCUCAUCUGGGCCAAGGCACACGCCACCGGCACCGCCUGGGGAGUCAUCAUGGUCAAGACGCCAUCCUUUUGGUUCCUCGUCGUCGUCAUGUGCCUGCUMGUCUACCCUUGGCUUCGUCUCCACAAGGUCACGUACGACGUGGAGAAGAUCUCGGAUCACUCCAUGCUUCUGAAUAUCCACGAGGAUAAGCUCAUGCCAACCUGCAAGGGUGUUCGCUUCUCGACCAAGCCUCUCUUUGAGAACCACGGCUUCGCCUCAAUCCCAAACGAGGAUGGMAAGCGCGGCUACUCAGUCCUGAUCGCAAAGAACGGAGACUGGACCACCAAGCUCGUCGACAACCCGCCCAAGUACCUCUACUCCCGCGGGGCUCCCACCAUGGGCGUCAUGGGAGUCGCACUCAUCAUCCGCCGCGUCGUCGUCAUGGCCACGGGUACUGGAAUUGGUCCUACUCUUUCCUUCUUUCAGUGCCACCCCGAAUGGGCCUGCCGCAUUGUAUGGACGGUUCGCUCACCCGAGGAAUCCUUUGGCAAAAAAAUCAACGACGCCGUUCGCCGCUCCGACCCCGACGCCGUCAUCUACGACACCUUCCACGGCCGCACCGAUAUCGUCGGUCUUGCUUACGCAGCCUACAAGGAGUUCAAUGCCGAGGCCGUCGUCAUCAUCAGCAACCCAAUUCUCACGCAGAAGGUUGUCUACGCCAUGGAGACGCGCGGUGUUGCUGCUUUCGGCGCCAUCUGGGAUUCUUGA